AUGAUUGAGUAUCAAACGUGUUGGGCUAUCAGUGGAAUCAUAUGGGAUAAGAGGAUUGACAAUUUUGUUUCAAUUUUUAGUAUUCGAGAGUAUAUGGUUUUUCAAAACAAAAUACGAAAUGAAAUUGAAUUACAUAAUUUUCAAGGACAAGAAAUAAGAAACAUUUUUCAAUUUUAUGACAACGACAAAAAAGUCACAGGAAUUUGUGGUGAUAUUUGGACUACAGUUUCAAGAUACUUAAAUUUCACGAUAGUAUUCACAAAAACUGAUAUCCGAACAUUAGGUGUCCAAACUUAUCCACAUAACAACACUUACAGUGGAUUGUUGGGGAUAAUACAAAAUAAUGAAAACAUGAUAAUACCAUUAAUGGAAGCAUUUAUUCCUCGACUGGAAGUUGUUCAAUUUACGGUACCUCUUUGGAAAACACGCCAUAGAAUGUUUAUAAAAACUUAUUCAAAGUACAAAAUUACAUGGAUGUUAGAUCUCUUUUCAUGGCAUAUAUGGUGUUUGAUUCUAAUUUUUUACAUUGUUUUAAGUUUUAUAAGCAUAUUGUCUCAUCGUAUGAUUAAUACCGAAUACAAACAAUUAAUAUCAUCUGUUUCUGACCAUUUAUUUUAUAAUUUUGGUGCACUUUGUAAUCAAGGUGAUGCAUUAUACCUAUCCCAGAAAAAAUUAAAAAUCCAAUCAUUUUGUAUAAGCAUGUUUUCAUGGCUCAUAAUAACAUGUUUUACAUCACAACUCAUAGUCUAUGUGACUGAAACUGUUUUGGAGCCACCUUUCGAAAAUCUUGAAACUCUUUUUAAACACACAGAUUAUACAAUUUUAUCUGAGAAACACUCAAUUGUUUACAUAAGUUUUGAGCAAAACUAUAGACCAAUUUACAGCCGUAUUAAAAAAAUGAAUCGGAUCAAAUUUUACACAAGUCAUAGAUAUAUGUGGGAUUUGGCUUGUUCAAAUAAAAAUAAUUACGCUAUACUCCAACACGAAAGUAUUAAAAUGGAUGAUAACUUAAUUUGUGAGCUUAAGCCUGUAGGAGUAGCUUACAUAAAAACGUGGAUGGUUGCAGGUUUGCCCAAGAAAUUUAUGUUUAAAAAAAGUAUUGAUAUCAGUAUUAUGAAAUUGCACGAAUUUGGAGUUAUCAACGUUCUAAAAUCUCGUUGGCUAAAAUCUGUCGAUACAGACAUAAAUGUAGAUAGAUAUUAUUCACCAAUUGAGCUAGAUCAAUUGAAAAAUUAA